CCGCGACUCCACAAGCGCUCGAGCAGGUUGCUUGUGGGAGGAGCUGUUCGGCCAGGUCUCGGCGCGGCCCUCGUGCGGUCGGUGCCUGACAGGCGCUCACGAGAAGGGGGCGGAGGCUCGCGCGCGCCUGGGAAAAUGUUGCGCAGGUUCUAAAAUGGAACGUUGGAGGCGGCGUGAUUGAGCGCGCGAGGGGUGUGUGCCUGUGUGUAAGUGAGUAAGUCCAAGCGAGCGUUGCAAUAACAGCAGCAAAAAAAGCCCAAGAGUCCGCGGCACGUAGACGGACCCCGCACCGAAUCUGGGAACAGCCGCCUCCUCAUUUCUCCCUGUAUGGAGCUUUCCGCUAUCGGAGAGCAGGUGUUUGCGGUGGAGAGCAUCAGGAAGAAGCGCAUAAGGAAGGGUAAAGUGGAAUAUCUGGUGAAAUGGAAAGGAUGGCCUCCCAAAUACAGCACGUGGGAGCCAGAGGAUCACAUUCUUGACCCUCGCCUGGUGAUGGCUUAUGAAGAGAAGGAAGAACGAGAGCGUGCCUCCGGUUACAGGAAGAGAGGCCCCAAACCGAAGCGCCUUUUGUUGCAGAGGCUGUAUAGUAUGGACUUGAGGAGUGCACACAAAGGGAAAGAGAAACUCUGCUUUUCUCUGUCACGGAGGUUUGGGGGAGGAGGAAACAACUUGACAGGGACCAAGGGAGGGCAGGCAGAGCUGUCUGAGAAGAGCGGGGGAGGAGGGGUGCUGCCUUUUCCUCUUCGGAAGCAGAACAAGAACCAGAAGUACUUGCGCCUCUCACGGAAGAAAUUCAACCGUAUGUCAAGCCUGGAGAACCGGAAUCGCCGCCGGGAGUUUUUCCUGAAGGAACCAAUAGCGCUAGAGGACAGGCAGACCCCCAAUGACUGGGAUGAGGCCACACAACCUGCCAGCAAAGAGGUGGGCUCAGAUACAGCAGAGGGUUCCCUUUCAUGGAGCCCAGCCCUGCCCCCAAAUGAAGUGACAGUGACGGACAUCACAGCAAACUCCAUUACCGUGACUUUCAGAGAAGCACAAAUGGCAGAGGGCUUUUUCCGAGACCGGAGCAUCCCGUUCUGAAACUUUAUUUUUAUUUUGUGGUUUUCUCUUUUUUUCAUGUCUGGGGAUUCCUUCCCCCCAUGUUCCUAAUGAGAUUUCUCUCCCCCCCUCCCUUAUGGCAGGUGAUUUAAGUAUAUUCUGUAACAAAAUCCGAAAAUUUUCCUUCACAGAUGUUUACAGAGGAUUUUGAUUUUGACUGUUGAUGCCUUGCUGACUUAAUUUCCCCCCUGCUCCUCUUUCAAGUACGCAAAAAUCACAACAAAAAAGGCAGUGUGGGGGUGCCUGUAAUGUGUUUUUCCCCCUUCAUUUGUUACUAUAGAUAUAUAGAGAAAAAAAUAUAUAGAUAUAUUACUUGUCUGUUA